UGAUGCUGCGCGAGCCAUCGGUCCGAGUCCGCGAGGCAGCGGCGGAGCAGCUGGAGGAGCGACAAAGCGACUGGGCCUACUCGCGGCCCAUUAUCGUAUUGGACCUCUUGUGGAACGCUGGGCUUCUGGGGAUUGCAAUUGGGGUGCUGUGGCUGAGCCGUGAAGAGAGCCCCUUGGUGCCAUUGAGGACUUGGAUUGUUGGAUACGCGUUUCAGUGCCUGGUCCACAUGGCCUGCGUAGGCGUGGAGUGCACGCGGCGGAGGCGCGUGGGUGAUGUUGCGGUGGCGGAAGAGAGUCCUCGAUGGGAAAAUUCUUCUGGGUCUGGGAGUGAUGAUGGUGAGGACUAUGGAAUUGAACAGAGCGUGGACUAUGCUAGCACCAGUGUUGCAAAACAUUUGGAGUCAGCAAAUACGGUGUUUUCGUUCAUCUGGUGGAUCCUUGGGUUCUACUGGGUGACUGCUGGUGGUGAAAGUUUGAUAAGAGACUCCCCUCAAUUGUACUGGAUUUGUAUCACUUUUCUUGCUUUGGAUGUGGUUUUUGUUGUGAUCUGCAUUGCCGUUGCAUCUCUCAUUGGCAUUGCCGUUUGCUUCUGUCUCCCCUGCAUCAUUGCUAUCUUGUAUGUUGUGACUGAUCAG